AUGUUCUGUACUUUUGACCACACUCUGUCUGCCGUGGACAAGAAGAGCCUGAGAUCGGCGCUUCCGCACGCAAAGCCUGUUUUCUCCGGCUCGGAAUCCGGCCCUGCAAACGGCCCCCGCUCCACGCCCCUAAUCAGCAGCAGAUCGUUUGUUGGCAUGAGCUCGCGGUCCAAAAAUGGGUGUGUGAGUUGUCGCAAAAAGAAGAAGAAGUGCGACGAGGCGUAUCCCGUGUGUGGCUUGUGCGCACGCAGAAACACGCCGUGUAUCAGGAGAGACAACAAGAAAAUAAAGACAGCGGAGAAACAGAUUAUAAAGAAACCCAAAAGCCCGCCCCUGCCUUCGCCCGCUCCCUUGUUCGACCCCGAUGACCCGCUGGACAACAUGCUCCGCGAUCUGAUGUACAGCCAGGGCGAGACUCUUGCGCUGCUCGACGGGAACAAUGUUGGCAGACUGGCACGGAUCGAGCCGCUCGACACCAGCGAGGAGGAGUUUGCGCCGAUGGACGAGUCGCAGAUUGUGGAGAACCAGAAUCUGCCCGACUCCGAGCUCGUCAAGCUGCUCCAUCGGAGAGACACCAGAAAAUUCCUCAAGCCGACGGUUUUCCAGCUCUUCACAAGUAAACUUUCGCCAGCCAUAACUGUCCCUUCAAACGUUCUGACACAGUCGCUAGACGAAACCGGCCGCUUGUUUCUGGACCACUACAUAUCGUUUAUCACAGAGGAAAUCACUAUCUGCCACUCUCAGGAGUCCAAUUUCUUCUUUAGCUACAUUCUGAGACUCGCGGCGCAGGACUCGGCGGUGCUCAACGGUAUUGUUGCGUGGGGAGGUAUGUUUCUGCUCGGCUCACAAAAUGAGGAGGCCCGCGAGUACUUUGCCAAAUCUCUGGCCCUCGUUCAGACCCGCAGACGGCAGAUUGCUGCCCAGCCGACGCUCAAAGACUUUAUGGCGCUCGCAACGUGUUUCCUGGUGCUUGUUGGCGCCGAGAUCUCAACUGGCGACAUCAAAUUCUGGUACCACAUUUUUCUCCAGCUGCGCGACGCUUUUUCGGAGUACGGCGGACUACGCAAGUUCUUUGAGGAUACCAAACACGCGAACGAGGGAAAAUGGAUUAUCUCGAAUUAUUUUUUUCACGACGUGAAUGCCACCAGGACAGUGUUGUCCGGCACGCAUGAGGACAUCAACACGUACAAGGAAAUAUUCCACGGGCACAAAAUUCUAGAGACGGAUGAGUACGGUCUCGACCCGUUCCAGGGCUCUGCGGCCGAGUUGUUUGUCAUUUAUGGAGAGAUCAAUGACAAACGGAAGGAGCUCAAGGAUCUGGAGAUGCGGAUCCGCGUGCUGGAAUUAUCUGGUGAUGAGUCUGCAACCAAGAAGACUCUUCUUCUUAACCAGGAAAAGGACGAUUUCUGUCUGGCCUCGUUUGAAGAGCUCGAGUCCCGCAUUCUCGAGUCCAAGCCCUCGUUCAAACAGCUGGAGGAAAUCAGCGACAACCGCGACCUGCUGACGCUGCAUCUCACGUGGUUCGAGUUACACCAGAUUACAAUGCGCCUGUACCUGCGCAUGGUGGUCAAAAAGACCGACUUCCGCGACCACGAGAUGGUGGCUCUGCGGGAGCACGCCGGCAAGCUGCUGGAUAUUGUGAUCGGCACGCGGAUGCAGUCGAUUUUGUGUCUCACGCUCAUGAUUGCCGGCGUGGUGCACUGCGACGAGGCGUCGCGAGCAGACAUAACGGCCAAGUACGAGCGGCUCGUGCGCUCGUUCGAGGUGAAGAACGUCCAGAACUGCUGGCUCGUGGUGCAGAGGUGUUGGGAGAUCGAGGACGAGCUGCUGCGUCGCGGCGAGCCCUGCUACGUAGACUGGUGCGACGUGGUGGAGGACUUUGGGUGGGAGUUCUGUCUGUGCUGA